UUCCAACCGAAGCAAAUAUUUUAAUCAGAAAAAUUCUUAUAACAAGAAAAGUGCUGUAUGUGUAAUAUGCUGGUCAAACUCAUGUGAAAUGAAGUAUUAAUCUUGAAAAGUUUUAGUACUUCCACUGGCCUUGCUGUGGCAGUACAGGAUUACUGGGUGUGAGUUUCAUUUGUUCUCACCUGACAAGGAGAAGAAUGGGAAGGCAUGCAUAGUCACCACUCAUCUUCUUUCCGAGGCCAUUGUUCUUUCAUGGCUGUUUAUUAUUUGCACUUCAUUCACUACUUGUUAACUAAGGAUAUUUACUUAUUGAGGAAAAAAAACUUUAUUUUUUGCCAACUCUUUUUUUUUUAGUGUGUGUGACCCAGUAGCUGGUGUGGAACACUGUGAUCAUGUCACUGAAUAAUUAUUGAUGUAAGCAGUCACAAAAUAUUAUCCAGCUAAAUUUUCCUUAGCCAAAUUUGACUCUUCCAUCUGUUUUUUUUUUUUUUUUCAAUUUGAUUACAUUUGUUUUAACUGGAAACAGUUUUGCUCUUUUCGUUGGAAUAUUAGAACUAAUAUGUCCGAAGAGGUUUUGGCAUUGGUAAAUCAGAGCAACAAUAAAAACAGAAUCAUAUGUGAGUUAUUUGGACUAAGAUCUCAGGUGUUAAAACGUCAAGGAAAAAAGGGGCAGUACAAACACUGCACUUGAAAAUGACCUUGUUCUUUUGUCAAGUCAAAAAAUAAAUUACAGUUGUAUUUUUGGCCCAUUCACUUUAAUAAAAUUGGAGCAUGUGUCAUAAGAUAGUGCACAUGCAUUUAAAUAAAUUGUUAUUGGAAAAGAGUAGGGAACUGUUCUACAAUAUACUCACAUAAUACAGCUUCCUGUCUGUUAUAACCCCUUACUUAAGAGCCUAGGGCAUGGAGUGUAACAUGAAGUGCCAGCAAACCGAGCCACUAACCUCAAAAUAAGAUUGAUGUAUGAGCAAAACAUUUAUUUUACAAUUUUAUAAAAAUGGGUAAAAAAAGUGAAAAACUUCAGGAUCUACAUGGCCAAAAAAACCCCAAACCAAAAAACCCACUCUUCCUAGAAAAAAACGCAACAUGAAGUUAUACAUGUGAAAACAAAAAACAGGAGAAACAUUGAAAAAAAAAACACAUCAGAAACUCAUGUGAAUCUCUUCAUGAAGGGUCCAAAAAGUCAGUAGACCCAACACUGCCAGACUAAUAACUUUCUGUGUAAGGUUCAAUAUAAUCUAUAUUCCAUGAAAUAUAAUUUUAAACCUCAUAAAUAAUCCUUAAUUUAGUAAAAACUGGGGGAAUCCAUGGGAAAAAUGUGAGGAAAACUACGUAUCAUCUUCUUUGAACAUCACCUCUCAUGUUUCAUGACUUGGAUACAACAAUUAUUUAUUCAUGUGACGGACUCAGGUGACAGACUGCUGAACUUAAAUGUACGAAAGCACAAGAGCAGGACUGAGAUAGCUUUUCAAUACAAGAGCCACAAAGAUCCUGGUUAAACAAAAAUGGUUCAUGUUACAUCUUAGCAACCUAAAGGUGACUUACAGGGCAAGCGUGCCUCACUGUUGUAGAAAGCAACCGGUGUUAAGGGAAAAAGACCGCACCCACAGAGAGAACAGACACGUAAACAAGUGCAGUACUGUUCUAGCUUGCUCGGUCAGAGACAACCAAUGAUUUCUACAACAUCCAGCACAGCAGAGAUGGUUACACAGGAUAAACUGCAGAAAAAUGAUGGCAUUAUUGAAGAUAAAAACUCAGGCACACUGGGAUGCUGUGGUUGGCUGUUGGUUUUCAUAUCCAUCAUCUUUGUAAUAGUAACCUUUCCACUCACAAUAUUUAUGUGUGUCAAGAUAGUGAAGGAGUAUGAGCGAGCUGUCAUUUUUAGACUCGGCCGGAUCACAGACAGAAAAGCUAAAGGGCCAGGACUUUUCCUAAUAUUACCCUGCACCGAUAACUUUGUGAAAGUAGAUCUGAGAACUGUGUCCUUUGAUAUCCCUCCUCAAGAGAUCCUAACCAAAGACUCUGUGACAGUGUCUGUGGACGGUGUGGUUUACUUCCGCGUAUACUGCCCCAUUUCAGCAGUGGCCAAUGUGACCAAUGCGCACUCAUCUACUCGACUGCUUGCUCAAACCACUCUGAGGAAUGUCCUUGGUACCAAAAACCUUGCAGAACUUCUAUCUGACAGAGAGGGCAUUUCACUCAGCAUGCAGGAAGCCCUGGAUGAAGCCACUCAACCAUGGGGUAUCAAAGUGGAGCGUGUAGAGAUCAAGGAUGUGAAGUUGCCUCAUCAGCUGCAGCGAGCCAUGGCAGCAGAGGCUGAAGCUAGCCGGGAGGCCAGGGCCAAGAUCAUUGCUGCAGAGGGGGAGAUGAAGGCUUCCAGGGCUCUGAAAGAAGCCUCUCUGGUAAUGGCUGACUCACCCUCAGCUCUUCAGCUAAGAUACCUUCAGACUCUCAACACCAUCGCAGCAGAGAAGAACUCCACCAUCGUCUUCCCUCUGCCAAUAGAUAUAAUACAACAUUUCAUGCAUUGGAAGGCAUGAAGCUCAUGUCAACCAAGUUGCAUAUAAUUCAAAUCAAGUCAGAUUGUUGCAGAUUUGUUUUGUUUUUUUGCAAUAUUACCAUGUUUAUAUUUAGAAAGCUCCAGUGAGAGCUUUUUUUUAAAUGCAGGCCUAAUGUGGUUAUUGCUGCAAUCUGCUCUGGAUUAUUACUUAGUAACCUUAAAAAGAGGCUCUCCCUUCUUGUGUAUACUUGCUGUGAUUUAAUACUUAAAUACAAAGUGCAACAUAUACAGUAUA